AAAGUCUAAGACGUACUAAGUGUGGUCUCUUUCGUGUACCGUAGCAGUGCCGUACAUCAGAUGCAAUUGUCGAAGUGCUUCAUCCACAACAGAGGUCACAAACAGACAGGAUGGGAGGAGACCACGGCAGUAAAUUAAACCUGCCAGACUUUAAGCAGUGGAAGGUGGAGGGAACACCUCUGGAGUUCACACAGCAGAGGCUGGCAGCUAGAGGACUGAAGGACCCAUGGGCACGUAACGAGGUGUGGAGGUACGUGGGAGGCUUCAGUCGUCCUGUAUCCCUGGGAGACGUGAUGCUGAGGGGCUUUAAAUGGGGCUUUGCUGCCUUCGCUGUGGCUCUGACUGUAGAGUAUGCUCUCUUCCCCCCAAAGAAGUCUGACCACUGACCUCUAACCCCAGAACGCUUCGGAACACGACCGGAUCAGAUGUUUUUUCUGUAUAAUAAAUGUUGAGUGUUGUCAUCCACUAAA